AUGUCUGUCUUAUUUUUUGCGGCAGUUGCGUUUGGUCUGGGCACGUUUGCUAGUCCUAUCGCGAGUAGGGGGGGACCUCGAGGACAGAUUGUCCUCGCGCAGAGUGCCCUUGCUGAGGUUUUGAAGCGGGGCGCUCCAAUCUUAGGAUAUGAUGAGGGAUGUCUUCAGUCGAGCGCAACUUGUGACUGGAUGGCCAAGUAUCCGGACGAUACAAGGAUCGUGCAUAUGAGUAUUCCUGGGACGCAUGAUGCUGCAACUUGGAACUAUUCACAGACGACACAGGAUGAGUUCAUUCAGUAUACCGGAGAGAUUGCGGCAGCGCAGUAUUAUCGGUGUCAAGAGCACUCCCUCUUUCAGAUGCUCAAUGGCGGAGUCCGAGCAUUUGACUUGCGAGUCGCUUAUAAUCCUGGAAAUGACACUAUCGGAUUUUACCAUUCUGCGGCCUUGUUAAGCCCAACAACCACGAUCGAAGAUGUAUUCUUUGGCUUCUACAGCUGGCUUGACAAGCACCCCACGGAGGCGCUCCUCAUCUCCAUCAACCACGAGAGCGGUACCGGUACACCGAACGAUGCCAAAUUUUACGAGCAUUUGUACGAUCUGUUCAAUAGCAGCCCGGCUACUGAGUACUGGGUUCAAACUAACGGGACACUCGGUACUCUCGGUGAAGCCCGAGGAAAGAUGACGCUCCUCCAACGAUUUAGCUACGAUCUCCUCCCGGCCUACGACACUAACAGGAUCGGGAUCUACCUCGAUGCGGAUCAAUGGACUGAUAAUGGGGCUAACAUCUCUAUUGUAUACAAUGAGGCUGAGAACCAGGUCGCGUACAUUGAGGAUUACUAUGAGAUAGGGUUAGAGGUCGGGGCUGGGGCUGCAGAGAAUAUCCAGUGGAAGUUUAAUGCCACGACGGCGCAUAUUCAGGAUGCCAUCGACAAUCACCCAGAUCAACUGUAUAUCAGUUUCGCUAGCUCCGAACAUAAUCUAGACUCGCCUCCCGAAACGCCCCGGAUCAUGGCCCUGGGUAACGGGACAGAUGUUCCUGGGGUGAACCAGAAGCUGCUUCCUUGGCUUCAGAAUAGGAAAGGAUCGAGAUUCGGAAUUAUCAGUGCGUUUUGUCGUUUCCUUGUCAUGAAGAGUGAUGUUAAUAGACUUCGAGUGCUUGACUUUUUCGAUAGUGUUCCCGGUUUGGUUGAAGCUAUCAUUGGUGUAUGA